AUGGAUGCCGAUGUCGAUGAGAUCGAUAUCGAUGAUGACGAUGACGACGAUGCUGGCAUAUUCAGCAUCGCCAAUGACCGCCAAAGUGAGGACAAAGAUACCCUCACUGGUGAAGACAACGUUCUUUCAGCAGUGCACACGAAGAGCACUGCUGUUGACAAGGAUGAAUUAGCAAAGGAAUUUCUGCUGACUCGCGAAGCGGUUGUCCGCUUCGUUCAAGACUCUCUUGUAGAUGCACUAGAUAGAAAGGAAAGAAACGCAGACAAACAUGGAAAUGUUUUUUCAUCCAAUGAAGGAGAUUUAGGUUCAAUGUCUACAGUAAACCUACCGAAACACGCAGUGACAGACGUGGGCAGCAGUAAAUUACUGUCCAGGUACAUCGGUCCAUUUCGUGUGUUGCGCCGAAUGGGCGACGCAUACACUAUUGAACUGCCCCGUAAGAUGCGCACGCAUUCUACGUUUAUCGUUGGUCGUCUCCGCCCGUACUAUCAGUAUGAGCCCGUUUCGAGAUGCAAAGAACACCUCCGCGGUCGAGAGCCGAGACCACCAUUGAGUGGUCCAGUUUCAACGAACCAGUCUGGUCGACUAGCGAAGCGACCUGUUCACGCAGCUCAGUGA